GAAAGUCCCAGCACUGCCUCUCAUUCCUGUACCGGAGACGCCUGGUGCAGUGUGUUUGUGAAUGUGGUUAUCCACUCUCUUUACAUGCCUUGUGGGAACGACAGGUGAAGGUCCAGGAUGGAGGUUUAUAUCGUGGGGAUCUGCAUCGCAGUAUGUGGAAACUUUCUCAUCAGCAUCUCCUUAAAUAUCCAGAAAUACACGCAUGUGCGGCAGUCGCAGCGAGGGACGAAGCCGUACUACACCAGCCGUCUGUGGUGGUGCGGGAUCCUGCUGAUGGGUUUGGGGGAGCUGGGGAACUUCGCUGCGUAUGGAUUCGCUCCGGCGUCGCUCAUCGCUCCUCUCGGCUGUGUGUCUGUCAUCGUGAGUGCUGUCAUUUCUGUGGUGUUCCUCAAGGAAACGUUACGUGCUUCAGACAUCCUCGGAGGUGCUUUAGCGCUGAUCGGAACCUACUUUCUGGUGACAUUCGCCCCUCAUUCAUCGCCUCAUGUCACAGCCAACAUGGUGGAGCGCUCGCUGGUCAGCUGGACCUUCCUGAUCUACUUCAUGUUUGAAAUGAUUCUCUUCGCUAUCCUGAUGUAUUUGUACAAGUGCAGGAACAUAAAACACAUCGUAAUCAUAAUGAUCUUGGUGGCGUUACUAGCUUCGGUGACGGUGAUCUCGGUGAAAGCGGUUUCAGGAAUGAUCACAGAGACGAUCCGAGGAAGUCACCUGCAGCUCACCUAUCCCAUCUUCUACAUCAUGUUCAUCAUCAUGGUCACCUCCUGCGCCUUUCAGAUCAAGUUUCUGAAUCAGGCCAUGAAGAUGUUUGACGCCACUGAGAUCGUGCCCAUCAAUUACGUGUUCUUCACUGCGAGCGCCGUCGUUGCUGGCAUCUUAUUUUAUGAAGAAUUUUAUGGUUUAUCUUUGAUAUACAUCAUCAUGUUUGUGAUCGGGUGUCUGCUGGCGUUUACUGGAGUGUUUCUAAUCGCGAGAGCUCGUCCCAGAAUCAAGAUGGACCGUGUGUUCAUUUCAAUGGGCCAGAUUCCAGGCAAAAGCUGCACAGACAAAGUGCAGCCGCAGCCAGACGACAGUAAAUACGGAAAACUGGCGUCUAAACUCACGUGCAACAGUGGGAUUCAGGACGAGCCGUAGACGGAGCACCCCCCGCAGGAGCAACGGAGAACCACACUAACACUCGAGAGUGUGUGUGUGUG